AUGAAUCCAACGGCUGAAAAGAAUGUACAACCGUUAAGCGGUGGUCACACCCAAAACCAAAACAAAAUAUCUCACUGUAACGUGGGCCCCACUGUUCAUGUUCGUUCUCUUUCUCUCUACGUUUUCGAGGGAGGAUUUUUGUUGUACUCGAGGAUCUCAUGUACUCGCCUGUGGAUCUUAAUUACAUUCACGAUCAUGAUGGCCCUUGAGAAUUCAGAAAAUAUGCAAAUAUCCUGCGAGGCAUCUCUAAAGUGCCUCCAGGGAAAGGGACCCCCUUUCACUUUUCAGUGUAGUGGGAGUUCUAUGGAAGGAUUUCCGGAGCUUACAAAUGAGUCUGGUACUCAUUCAGCUGGGAGUGUUCCUGAAUCUAACCGUCGUUUAGGCUGUGAGUUUCUUGAGCACUCCAAUGAAUUUCACAGUAAACCUGCUUAUCACCAUGAUUACAGUGCCUGGACAGCCUGCCAUUUUAACCCUCACAAGCUGCAGCAGUGUCAAAUGAAUGCUUUUGAGAGCCACUUUUAUCCUUAUCCUGUCGAGAACCCACUCCAGUAUGUUCCAAUCAAUAUGUUAUCUCAAGUGAGUAGUGUCACUGGUCAGCUGGAAGCAUGUUUCCAAACAUAUGUGAAGCCUACCUGCAAUCAGCUUCUGACUGACUUCUGCAAGGAUCUGACUGGUAUCCAGCAAAUUCAGGUAGACAGAGGUGUUACAUUGAGUGAGGCUCUACUUAGGCAUGACAAAUGGCUCGAGAAAAAGGGAAUAAAGAAUGCCAACUUUGCUGUGGUUACAUGGUCUAGCUGGGAUUGUCGUGUGAUGCUUGAAUCUGAGUGUCGCUUCAAGAAAAUACGGAAGCCUCCUUAUUUCAACCGCUGGAUCAACUUGAGGAUUCCUUUCAGCGAGGUAUUUGGUGAUGUGAAGUGUAAUCUAAAGGAGGCUGUUGAGAUAGCUGGCUUGGCCUGGCAGGGUCGUCCUCAUUGUGGCUUGGAUGAUGCCAAAAAUACUGCUCGCCUGCUGGCAUUGCUCAUGCACAGGGGUUUUAAGUUUUCCAUUACCAACUCCAUUUUGUGGCAGACGGCUGAACGAUCACUGAUCUGGAAGCAGUCUCAAGAACAGCAAAAUGUUUACCCUCAUUGCCCCUACAAAGCAAGGGAUAUGAUUCAUAUGAAUACCCCAGCCCCAGUGAUUCAGUAUCACCCUUGCUGUUUUUGUGGGGUGAAAAGCAGUAGGGCCAUGAUCAGAAAGCCAGGGCCUAAGCAAGGGAGCCUUUUCUUUGGAUGUGGAAAUUGGACUACAACUAGAGGUGCACGCUGCCAUUACUUUGAAUGGGCGUCUACCUAA